GGAUUUAAUUUUUUUUUUUUUCUUGGUUGGAUAAACGUAUCCAGAAACUUGGACCUGCUCGACAAAAGUUGAAUUUGAAUCCGACCCAGUUAUGUAUUUAAUUUUAUUAGUAUUUAUCCGUACUACCUUAUUGCAUGGGUUGAUAUCAGCCUUUCAUUCAUUGGCCUGCAACUCGAAGAACCCCUAAAACCAAUCCUCUACCCUCUAAUCUCUGAAUGGACGAUGAACAACUUGUCCACCACAGUCCAAAGGGGAAAAGAACGAGAAAAAGAUAUCACCGAACAAGAUAAACAAGACGAAGAUGAAGAAAAACCUCGAUGCGAAUGGGAUUUUUCUCUCUCCACCGUUGUCUCCUCCAGAAUCACCUCCGGAGCUGUCUCUGACGCCCUCGGAGUCAUCGAAUUCGACCCUUCCAAUACAGUCAUUGCAACUGGAGGAAUCGCCAGAAAAAUUAGGAUUUAUUGUCUGAAAUCGUUAUUCCCCGAGAGCAGCCAAGGUGAGAGAAAUACAACUCUGCUUUUAGACCAUUCUAAUGUAUGUAGCAAUUGUAUAUGCACGCCGGCGAAGCUCGGUAGUCUCAGAUGGAAACCCGGGUCUGGCGGGAAGGUAAUCGGAUCUGGUGACUAUGAUGGGGUGGUUAUGGAGUAUGAUUUAGAAAAAGGAGUCUCAGUCUUCGAACGGGACGAGCACGGCGGAAGACGGGUAUGGAGCGUGGACUACACGCAUUGGGAUCCGGUAGUCGGGGCAUCCGGGUCGGAUGACGGGACCGUACAAAUGUGGGACCCGAGAUGCGGCGGCGACGGAGGGAGAUGUGUGGCUGUAACCCAGCCUAGCGCGGCGCGCAGCCCCGUAUGUUCCGUGGAGUUCAAUCCGUUCGGUGGGCCGUUGGUUACCGUCGGAUGCGCGGACCGGAAGGCAUACGGCUACGAUGUGAGGAGAAUGGUGGAGCCCACAGUUGUGUUUGACGGGCACAAAAAGGCCGUCACGUAUGUUAAAUUCCUGGAUUCCACCACCGUAAUCUCUGCCGGUACCGAUGGGUGUUUAAAGCUGUGGAAUGUAAACGAUUCUUCGAGUGCGGUUCGAACGUACAGAGGGCACGUGAACCAUCGAAGCUUUGUCGGAUUAUCGGUGUGGAGACACGGCGGGUUGCUCGGGAGUGGGUCUGAGGAUAAUCAGGUGUUCGUCUAUGAUAGGAGAUGGGGAAAGCCGACCUGGGUGCAUGGGAACGAGCCAGGGUGUGACGGUGGGUUUGUUAACAGCGUGUGCUGGAGGCAGGUGGAGGAGGAUAACUGCACGCUUGUGGCCGGAGGCUCCAACGGGACAUUGCAGGUUUUCAUGGGCAGGAGGAAGGCAUGUUAUGAAGAAGAAUGAUUAUUGCCUAGCUUUCCUCAUGAACAAUUAUCAGAAGAAAUUUGUGGUGAAUUC